AACAGGGCGGUUAUGGAAACGAGCGGGCGGGGUUUAUGUGUGGGAAGGGGCGUGGUUAGUGCGAGCGAGGCUACACAAAGGCGCAGCUGUGGCGCGAAAGUGGCGCGCGGGGUGCGGUUUGUACAGGGCGCGUGCUGCUUAUUUCCAAUAGCUGUAAAUAGACGCUUUUUUUUCUUUUUUCUUUCUUUCUUUUUUUUUUUUUUUUAAAAAAAGCUGUUUGUUCAUUCUCGUUUCUAAUUAAGUUUGGAUUUAUUAAAUACAGACCCAGGAUUGUGGAGUGCUUCUUCCUCUUGCCGUUGGAGAUUUUUUUCCUCCUUUGUUCCGGAAGUUCAAUUGUUCUCGUUCUUUGUCCUUCAGCCCCGGCUUCUUCUUCUUUCUGCUCUCCUUCUUAGUCUCUUUAAUCCGAAUGGCAACAGAUUAAACGGUUGUGACUCCAGCGGUGUGUGUGUGGAUUAAACAUGGAGUGUGAUCACCACCAGCACUACUUCUACGACGAGAUGGACGGCAGGAUCGAAGACUAUUUUACAUCCACGGCGCCCAGCGAGGACAUUUGGAAGAAGUUCGAGCUGCUCCCCACGCCGCCCGUGUCCCCCUCCAGGACGUUUUCCUCAGGACGCCCGUCUUUCUCUCUGACCGCAUCGGAGCGGAGCAUGUGGGCGUCGGACGAUUGCGCUGUACUUCCUCUGAAGAAGCUGGACCAUCUGGACUUGUUUGGGAAUCUGAGCUCGGUGGUGAUUAAGGACUGCAUGUGGAGCGGCGGUUUCAACGCCACCAGAGCGGCUCCUCGAUCGGAAACUCAUCAGAACGAGCUCACACAGGUGACCGCACCACGCAUCCAGAGCGCGACGAGGCAGACGGAUGUACAGGUGACGAGGUGUGUGAACCCCGCGGCCGUCCUCAACAUGCCUGUGUCCCAGCCCAAAAAAACGCCCGCCUCCUCAGGAUCCGAGUCGCGCUCCGACUCGUCCGAUGAUGAUGAUGAUGAUGAUGAGAUCGACGUGGUGACUGUGGAGAACCGUUUGAAGAAGCGCACACGCACGCCCAUCACCAUCGCCGUGAGUGCCGACCCGUAUGGCCCACGCAAGAAGCACUUCCACAUCUCUCUGCACCGACAGCAGCACAACUACGCUGCUCCGUCUCCGGAAUCCGACGAUGAACACCACCACCACUGUGACUAUGACGAGGAGCCGCUCGGCAAGCGGGCCCGGAUCGACCCGGCGCUCUUGUCCGCGCCGUCGUCUUCCUCGUCCUCCUCUCCGGCCAGCUCCGACUCAGAAGACUCCACCGAGCAGCGCAGGAACUUCCUGGAAAGGAAGAGGAGGGACGACCUUCGAUCUCGCUUCCAGAUGCUCCGGAACGAAAUCCCGGGCCUGUCAGAGUCGGCCAAAACGUCCAAGGUGGCCAUCCUGACCCACGCCACGGAAUACCUGCUGCAGCUGCAGGCACGAGAGAGACGCCAGGCACAGGAGAGGAAGAAACUCCGAGCCAGACGACAGCUGCUGCUACGCAAACUUGGUGCCCUCAAAAAGCCGUGAACUCCUUCACAGACACGCCGUAAUUCUGGAUACAAAGAGUUAAAGAUGUGGUGGUUGGCGUACGGCGCUUAAGCUAAUUAACACACACUAUGCAAACAGCUCGAGUCAAAUUCAGAGCUGAGACAAAUACCAGCCUCGAAAAUCCCUGUGGUCAGCACAGUGAGAGCCGUGCGGGUCAAACGAAGAGAAACACCUCCUACACGCGUGUACAGACACACACACACACACACACACACACACACACACACACACACACACACAGAGCCUUAAAGCUCCAGAAACUCCUGCAGUACACAAACCAUCUGAGGAAGAAAUCCUCCUAACUCCGUCCAGAAGCAGUUCUAACAGUGUCUAACUGGAGCCUCGUCAGAUCCAGUAAUUCCCGAAGACUUCAUUUGAUUGAAGGUCACUCGGAAACCUGAGGUCAGAUGUGUGGAAUCCCAAGAUGCUGCGUUGUGUCGUGACAUGAUGGUGAGGAUGACAGUGUCGUCAGUGUUUACUCAGGACUGAAAACAGAAACACUGUGGGACAUGUGCAUGUGUCUGUCUGCUCAGUUCCUCAGAGCUGUGUGUGUGGAGGCUCCAGACCCCAAGAGUAAAACACAGGAAUUGUAAGAUUGCUUACAUUUCAGCAACUCAUGCUUGGGUAUGCUCAGAAGUGUGUGUGUGUGUGUGUGUGUGUGUGUGUGUGUGUGUGUGUGUGUGUGAGUGAUGAUUAAACUGAACAGGUGAUCAGGUGGUUGUGUCUUUACACCCGGUGUACUUUGCACAUUAGUAGCAGGAAGUGUUUGUGUUUUUGUUCUUCAUAAGAAUGAGAUGAUCCAUUAUAACCUGUGUGUGUGAUGAGAAAGUGAUGGAAUACACAAUCUCUGCUGUCUGAUGUACAGGUGUGUUUUAAUGAUGCACAUCUUUCCAUGAUUUCCUCAAUUACCUCAGGAGUGUGUAUGUGAGUGUGUGCACACACAUGCAGUUGUGAUUACUGUACCAUUUGCACAUGCUCAUUUUUUUUUUUUUUUUUUUUUGUUUGUUUUUUUGGACAACUCGAAUCUGCACAGUGGUGUAAAUACUUCGUCAUUUGUGUGUUUUUCACAUCACAGAUUCUAUUUUGCUAAAAAAAAAGAAAAGAAACUUAAAAAUAAAUGCUGCAGUUUAAAAAAUG